AUGCAAGCACAACGGCCGCGGACUGCAUUCAUCGACACUGCAACUGGACUCCAGGAGUCUGCGGCGUCGUGGGAAUGCACGUCCUCGUCGAGCACAACAAGACCAGCGACAAAAACAACACCAUUCUCCUCGUCAUCAUCAUCCAAUUUCUCGUCGUCAACAACGUCCUCUACUUUUCUGCCCGCGAGCACCUAUAGAAGUAAAAGAUUCGCGGCACCAGCAACACGUCUUAGAAGGGCCAGUACAGCAUUCUGGCCCAUCCGCUGCGAUGGUCCUGAUGGAUACCAGAGUGACGCAAAGUUUGUCCAGAAAGUAGCUGCACUGGACUGGAAAGAAACAUUAAGGUUUCCCCUAACCCAUCCCUGUGCCUGUAGACAUCCCUCAAACAUAUGCACCCCAAAAAUACAAGGGAGAUACUGACGCAUAUGCUUCAGGGAUUUCCACAGGGAUGAAUACUAGGGGAGAGCUCUAAAAACAGCUGGUGGGGUGUGUCCGCCAUCCAAAAAUGCUGGUUCCUCAGGAGAUGAGCCUGAUAAUCCGACCAAAUACGAUGUGGAGAAAUUUGCGCACGAACAACGAGAUUUAGCGGAAGAUGAAUUGACUGUUAUGAGUGCUGUUCUUGGGUCUAGAUCUUGUUGUUCUUCCUCGUUGUUUCAUCAUGAAGAUAGGCAUAAAGAUUUCAUUCUUCAGCAACUGAAUUGAUCAUUCAUUUCCUGGCUAUUAAGAGUAAGGUCAUUUUGCGUUUUCAUUAAUAGCCUCAGGCGAAAGCCUCAAACCUCAUGCUCAUGUCUCUAAUCCCUGCCGCCGCGAAAAGUCUCGGCAUUUCGAGAACUCAUUCGGCGACGCUCGAGUCGAGAAGAUCACACGAGCAGCGGAAGCAGCCGAAGCAUCAGCAGCUGCACGCAGUAAAGCGGAACAAGUCGUACGGAAGAGCGAGUACACUGUAGAAAAACUCAUCCACGGUGUGCCACCUUGGGCCAAGUCGCCAGCGGGACAGCUAGCAGAGGAAGCGGCGAGAGCUGGCGCGCGCAAGCCGAAAGGGACACCCAGUUGGUGCAAGGCGAGGGAUCAUUCGAAGGGGA